CUGAGGAGGUUACGUGUGAAUUACAAAAUGGUGCCAUUUCAUCUGCAUCUAUAAAAUCUCUGAAUUGGCAAAGCAAGGCAAUGUUGGAAGCUAAGCUUCAUAAGCAAGCCCUUCUGGCGGAAGAAGGAAUAUUAAGAUGUUGGAAGGGAAAGGUAUGGUGAAAGAAACUGACAUGCCGUUAAAGAUGCAAAUCCAGGCCAUGGCAUGUGCUUCUAAGGCCCUUGACCUUUAUGAUGUUAAUGAUUGCAUCUCUAUUGCUGCUCACAUCAAGAAGGAAUUUGAUAAGGUGUAUGGAAUGGGAUGGCAAUGUGUGGUGGGUUUCAAUUUUGGGUGCUUCUUCACCCAUUCACCUGGCACUUUCAUCUAUUUUGCUCUUGAGACCCUUAAUUUCCUUAUAUACAAGGGAACCUCCUCUGAUCUCUCUUCUCUUUCUGUAACAUAGCAUAGGUUUUCUUUAUCAUCUCAAGUAUAUCAAUCAAACCAUAAUUAAUUAAAAUGUAUGUUCUCCUUGUUUUAUUCA